ACAUAAUUGGGAACAGUGAUAAACCGUUCCCCCGAGCAGGGGAAUGAGGGGAUGUGAAGAUAGAGAAGACAAGACGCGUUAAACCACCCACGCCCAAAGGGCUGGUGGGAUUUUCACGGCUGGUGGGAUUUUCACCCCAAUCACCUUUGCGGCAAGCGCAGGGGGCGGCGAAUCCAUUGGCCUCCGGCUCAUUGUUGCCGUCCCCUGGGCGUGGACAAGAGGAUUCUUGGAGACCUCUUGAGCCAUUUUGGAGGCCAUUCGGGUGCCUCUUGAACGAUUUUGGCAUGUGGUCCAUGAGUGCAGAGUGGCAGUUCACUAUCAAGGCUCACUUUGACUGAACAGGCCUCUGCGGCGGAAAGCGCGGAUUCAUCAGCGCUUGGCUCAUCACCAGCACGGCUGGGCCUUCUCCAGGGAGGACAAAAAAUACCUUGAGGGGAUUCCUUGGGACCUGUGGGGGAAGGCCUCCCCCGAAGGCCUACAGCAGCACCGCGAGCCCGUGGGGUUCGGUGAGGCGCGCGAUGACGAGGGCAGGCGAGGAGGCUGGCCACCUGAUGGCGAGAGUGGAGCAGCAGGUCGCGCAGGCGGACUGGCAGAAGGUGGGCCUCCCCGCUGGCUGCGGCCCCGCCAUCUGCGCGGGCGCCGCGGACCCGCCGCGGCAUGGGACGGGCCCGCCCCCGGACAUGGAGGCCCUCGGCUCCGCUGCGCCGCCGCGGCCGCUUUUGGCAAGCCCUCGACACGGCAUCUGCGUGAUUCGUACGAUUCCCC